AUGGCCCAUCAAGAUGAGGACGAGGAUAUCAUAGAGGCUAGCUCCUCGAACCACAGCGAGGAACAUGCAGCCCAGCCAACUACAGAAACUCACCCUGCUAGGAACAAGCGUGAUGGGAUAGUCUUUGACUUUAUUCGCCCAGAGGAACGCGCUGAACUGGCCCGCAUUGCCUCGAAUUUCCCUCGACACCGUCCUACGGAUUCUGGCAUAUCAGGAAUGACUGAAGUCGAACGCAAAGACACCCUGGAAGAUGUCAAGCUAGGGGAUUCGGUUCUAGAUCCAACCUCUGAUCAAUUUGAUCAUUAUAAAUGGGCUCGCAUGAUGCUUGAGCUGAUGGACAAGGAAGGAGUUCCUGUGCGAAAGUCGACCGGUGUGGUCUGGGAGAAUCUCCAAAUUUCUGGGUCUGGAUCUGCACUACAGUACCAGAAUAAUGUGGGAUCAAUCGCAUUGGCUCCCUUUCGACCUCAAGAGUACAUUUCUUGCGGGAGCCGCGUGCCUCAGAAACAGAUCCUGCGCAGCUUCGAUGGUGUGUUAAAAAGUGGCGAGCUGCUGAUCGUGCUGGGAAGGCCGGGAAGUGGUUGUUCAACUCUUCUCAAGACUCUCUCCGGUGAACUACAUGGGCUGAAAUUGGGAAAGGGCUCAGACAUCCAAUAUAACGGUAUUCCGAUGGAGAAAAUGCACAAAGAGUUCAAGGGAGAGGUUUUGUACAACCAGGAAGUUGACAAACAUUUUCCUCAUCUCACUGUGGGCCAGACUCUGGAGUUUGCGGCUGCAGCUAGGACCCCUGAGCAUCGUCUGAAUGGGAUCAGUCGUGCGCGGUAUGCGAAGCAUAUCACCCAAGUGGCUAUGGCGGUACUAGGACUGAGUCACACGUACAACACCAAAGUCGGUGAUGACUAUAUUCGAGGCGUAUCUGGAGGUGAGCGAAAGCGAGUCAGUAUUGCAGAGAUGGCACUAUCUGGUGCUCCAGUGGGUGCAUGGGACAACAGCACUCGAGGAUUAGAUUCCGCCAGUGCUCUGGAGUUUGCCAAAUCCCUGAAAGUGUCCGCAGACUUGAUCGGCAGCUGCCAUGCGGUUGCAAUCUACCAAGCGUCUCAGGCAAUAUACGACAUUUUUAACAAGGUCGUCGUCUUGUACGAAGGCCGACAAAUUUUCUUCGGCCCGUGCGAUCAAGCCAAAGAUUACUUCGUGGAAAUGGGCUGGGAGUGCCCACUACGCCAAACAGUCGGUGACUUCCUGACCUCCGUCACCAAUCCCCAGGAGCGCAAGGCCCGUGAUGGCAUGGAGAACAAAGUUCCUCGCACGCCUGAAGACUUCGAGAAGUAUUGGAAGAGUAGCUCCCAUCAUGUCGCCCUCCAAAAAGAGAUUGCUGAAUACAGGACGGAGUAUCCGCUUGGAGGACCUGCUGGCAAGGACUUCAAUGCGACAAAGCGACUGCGACAGGCAAAGCAUGUUCGACCCAAAAGCCCAUAUGUCAUUUCAAUUCCUAUGCAGGUAAAGCUUUGCACGAAAAGAGCUUAUCAACGGAUUUGGAAUGAUAAACCCUCGACGUUGACAACUGUGAUUGGGCGCAUAGUCAUGUCUUUGAUUAUUGGGUCAAUCUAUUUCGGGACACCCCAAGCUUCUGCAGGCUUUCAAAGUAAAGGUGCAGCGCUUUUCUUCUCGGUUUUAAUGAAUGCCCUAAUCAGCAUCACGGAGAUAAAUUCUCUCUAUGAUCAGCGCCCUAUCAUUGAAAAGCAAGCAUCCUAUGCUUUCGUCCAUCCAUUUACGGAAUCACUUGGAGGCAUAGUUGCUGAUAUACCGGUCAAAUUUGUGUCUGCUGUAGUGUUUAAUAUCAUCUUUUACUUCUUGGCUGCAUUGCGAUACGAGCCUUCACAAUUCUUCAUCUUCUUUCUAUUCACCUUCUUGAGCACACUCGCAAUGUCAGGUGUCUUUCGGACUCUAGCUGCAUCCACGAAAACCCUUUCACAGGCUAUGUCAAUGGCUGGAGUCAUGGUUCUAGCCAUCGUCAUUUACACCGGGUUUGUGAUCACGGUACCAGAAAUGAGCAAUAUCCCAUGGUUUAGUUGGAUCCGAUGGAUCAAUCCGGUCUUCUACACGUUCGAAGCAUUGGUUGCAAAUGAGUUCCAUGGCCGUCGCUUUGAAUGCUCGCGAUUCAUUCCUGCCUACCCCAGUCUUACUGGAGAUUCUUUUAUCUGCGCUGUACGAGGCGCUGUGGCAGGAGAAAGAACUGUGUCUGGCGACGCCUACAUCCACUCACAGUACACAUAUAGUUAUGCGCACGAAUGGCGGAAUCUGGGAAUCUUGAUUGGAUUUUGGCUCUUUUUUAUGGCAAUCUACCUACUUGCUUCAGAGCUUAAUUCGUCUACUUCUUCUAAGGCUGAAUUCCUGGUCUUCCGCCGUGGCCAUGUUCCAGCACAUCUACGCCAUCUCAAAAAUGGCGAGGGAAGCACUAGCUCGGCAGAGGUCAGUCAAACGCAGAAGAAGUCAGAAGACAAUAAAGAUAUUUCAGCAAUUACCGCGCAACACGAUAUCUUCACCUGGCGAAAUGUUUGCUAUGAUAUUCCAGUCAAAGGCGGCGAGCGUCGCCUUCUCGACAAUGUCUCUGGCUGGGUCAAGCCCGGCACCCUAACAGCAUUGAUGGGUGUAUCCGGCGCAGGAAAAACAACAUUACUUGAUGUCUUGGCCAAACGAGUUUCUAUUGGAGUCGUUACAGGUGAUAUGCUUGUCAAUGGGAAACCACUCGACACCAGUUUCCAGAGGAAAACAGGUUAUGUUCAGCAACAAGAUUUGCAUCUUCCUACUACAACUGUUAGGGAAGCACUUCGGUUCAGUGCCAUGUUGCGCCAGGCAAAGACCAUCCCCAAGAAAGAGAAAUACAAGUACGUGGAGGAGGUGAUUGAGAUGCUUGGUAUGCAGGACUUCGCAGAUGCCAUUGUUGGAACACCAGGAGAAGGGUUGAAUGUGGAGCAAAGAAAACUCUUGACUAUUGGCGUCGAACUCGCCGCAAAGCCCGCUCUGCUCAUUUUUCUCGAUGAGCCUACCAGUGGCUUGGAUUCGCAAAGCUCAUGGGCGAUUUGUGCUUUCUUACGGAAGCUCGCCGAGCAUGGGCAAGCAGUUUUGUCCACCAUUCACCAGCCGAGUGCACUGCUUUUCCAGCAGUUUGAUCGUCUGCUUUUCCUCGCUAAAGGUGGAAGGACGGUCUAUUUCGGUGACAUUGGAGACCAAUCCCGGGUGUUAUUGGAUUACUUUGAGAGCAACGGGGCUAGGCCCUGUGACUCAUCAGAAAAUCCCGCAGAGUAUAUGCUAGAAAUUAUUGGAGCGGGUGCGUCUGGAAAGUCAACGCAGGAUUGGCCGCAAGUGUGGAAUCAGAGCGAACAAGCCAAAUGUGUCCAAGCUGAAAUUGUCCGUAUUCACGACGAGCGAGCUUCUGCAAGUGCCAGCGAAGAUGAGCAAUCUCAGAAGGGUGAAUAUGCAAUGCCAUUCACUUCACAGCUGUGGCAUGUAACCCAUCGAUCUUUCCAGGGUUUCUGGCGUGAGCCAUCCUAUGUAUGGGCAAAGAUCAUGCUGGGGACUAUGUCCUCUCUCUUCAUUGGAUUCACAUUCUUCAAGCCUGACAGCUCUUUACAAGGGUUUCAAGACGUCUUGUUCAGCGCGUUCAUGCUAACCUCGAUCUUCUCGACCCUGGUGCAACAAAUCAUGCCCAAAUUUGUGGUUCAACGCUCCCUCUAUGAGGUCCGUGAACGACCCUCGAAAGCCUACUCGUGGGGCGCUUUCCUCAUAGCAAACGUGCUGGUCGAAAUUCCCUAUCAAGUUUUCGUUGGCGUGAUCAGUUGGGCGUGCUACUACUACCCAAUCUAUGGUUCAGAACAAGCCUCCCACCGACAAGGACUAAUGCUGCUAUUUGUGGUGCAGUUCUACAUUUUCACAUCCACCUUUGCAUCACUGGUGAUAUCAUCCCUACCAGACGCCGAAACGGGCGGAACAAUCGCUACACUUAUGUUUAUCAUGACCCUAACCUUCAACGGCGUUAUGCAGCCACCCUCUGCCCUGCCGGGAUUCUGGAUAUUUAUGUACCGUGUCUCGCCCCUGACGUAUUUGAUUGCAGGCAUCACUGCAACUGGCCUACAUGGCCGAGGAAUUCAUUGCGCAGAUGCCGAGCUCAGCGUUCUAAAUCCUCCUGCGGGACUGACAUGUGGUGCAUAUCUUGAACCAUAUGUCAAGGCCGCUGGCGGUCAAUUGUAUAAUCCCGCCGCUACAAUUGGCUGUCAGUAUUGUCAACUGCAGAAUGCGGAUCAGUAUUUGUCUUCAAGUAACAUAUUUUACAGUGAACGCUGGCGCAACUUCGGCCUCGGAUGGGCAUAUAUUGGGUUCAAUGUGGCUGGUACUGUGCUGCUUUACUAUAUGUUCCGCGUGAAGCACUACAACCCCACCUCAUUGGUGAGAGGAAUUGGGCAAGGUGCUUCCUUCCUUUGCCGUGUCUUCAAGCGGCGAUCUGGGCAGACACCCAAGGGCAAGGAAGCAGAUAAUGGUAGGCUAGUUUGA